AUGAUCUCCCGAGUCCUUUACUUCGCCUUGGCCUUCUUGGCGCUCGCUUGUUCGGCGAGUGCCUUUGUUCCAGCCAAGCCCCAGGUUGUCGCCUUUCAAGCAAGGGCCACAGCGACUUUUGCCAAGAAACCCCAAGAAGACCUUUCGUUUAUCGAGUCCCGAGAUAUGACCCGUGAGGAAAUGCAGGCACUGAACAAGAAGAACGAAGAUAUCAUGAACAUGGAACUCCAAAUGAUGACUAUCUUCAGUUUGGUCAUCUCGCUGCCCAUUUUGUACCUCUGCUGGGUUGCCUUCUUCUCCGAGUAA